AUGGUGAACCUGGAGUCUGUGCACGCAGAGAUCAAGAUGAGCGGUGAUGCGGCAGAUUCCACAGAUACUCGGCACGAACCUGACCAGGUGGAGCCAGGAAAUGAACAGAAUGGGCUGGACUUUAACAGGCAGAUUAAAACCGAAGACCUCAGCGACUCCUUGCAAUCUACAAUCCCCCCUAGGUCAGGUCACCUUGUGCAGGGAUCAUCAAUGAUGCCCGGAAGCCAAAUCGCAGGGGAUAUGAGCUCUCUUCACACUCUGCAGCAGCUUGUAUUGCUUCCCGGUCAUAUGCAGUCAGUGCCCCAGUUUCUUCUGUCUCAAUCUCAGGCCGGGCAACAAGCUUUGCAGCCAAACCUCCUCUCCUUCCCCCAGCAACAGGGCAGCCUUCUCCUCUCGCAGCCGGGACCGAGCCUGGCAUCACAGGCUGUGGGCCGUUCUGGACUCCCUGGCUCAUCGGUUGAACCCCACCUGGACGUACCCCAGCAUUUGCAAGUGGCAAAGCACCUAACUCCUUCAGGAGCAUCUGAGGAACCCAGUGACUUGGAGGAGCUGGAAAAGUUUGCUAAGACUUUCAAACAAAGGCGAAUCAAACUGGGGUUCACGCAGGGUGACGUUGGACUUGCCAUGGGGAAGCUCUAUGGCAAUGAUUUCAGCCAGACCACCAUUUCCCGCUUUGAGGCUCUCAACCUGAGCUUUAAGAAUAUGUGCAAGCUCAAACCCCUGCUGGAGAAGUGGCUGAGUGAUGCAGAAUCUGCUCCUUUGGAUUCUUCCAUGAGCACUCCGAAUUCGUACCCCUCAGUGAAUGAGAUGUUUGGACGGAAAAGAAAGAAGCGAACCAGCAUUGAGACCAACAUUCGCUCCACGCUGGAGAAAAGAUUUCAAGAUAACCCCAAGCCCAGUUCAGAGGAGAUAUCCUUGAUAGCAGAGCAGCUCUCCAUGGAAAAGGAGGUGGUUCGGGUCUGGUUCUGCAACCGGCGCCAGAAGGAAAAACGGAUCAGCUGCCCGAUGCCAUCCCCCAUCAAAUCACCUAUCUACAAUUCCAGACUGGUCUCUACCUCAGGGUCCUUGGGGCCCCUUUCUGUCAAUCCAGUGCACAGCACCAUGCCUGGGACUGUAACAUCAUCGUGUUCCCCAGGGAAUUCCAGCAGGCCCUCGUCCCCUGGCAGUGCACUCCAUGCCAGCAGCCCCGGCACAGCCCAGAGCAACUCCAAAGCUGCAAUGAACUCUUCCAGUUUCAACUCUUCAGGAUCUUGGUACCGAUGGAAUCAACCUACCUACCUCCACUGA